AUGAAUGUUGUAAUUCCACGAUAUUCACCAUUACCAAGUAAAGAAUCUCGAAUAUUUGUUACGAAUCAAGAUAAUCAAGAAAUAGCGAGAUUUUCUGUAUUUGAAGGAGAAAGUAAAAAAACAGAAGAAAAUAAUUAUCUUGAUGGAUUUACAAUCUCAGGACUUCCAAGAAUGAAGAAAGGAUUAGUUAAAUUUAAAGUUACUUUUAAUGUUGAUAUAAAUGGAAUGUUAUCAGUAUCUGCAGUUGUUGUUGAACCUAAAGCAUUUAGUGAUCUUCAAGGUCAUUGUAAUGUUCAAACACAAAGAGAAAGAAGAUCAGAUGAAUCUAUAGAAAUAGGAAGAAAACGUAUUGAUGAAAUGGAUAAAGCAGAUGAAGAGAAUAGAAAGAAGUCAUUAGCAUUACAACGAUAUAAAAGAUUAAUAAAAUUAUAUCAAGAGAAAAGCAAAACUAAUAAAAAAUUAGAAGAAAUAAAAGAACAUCUUCAACAAUGGUGGAAUGAAUCAUAUAAUAAAACUGAAAGUAAAGAAUUAAAUGAGCAAUUAGAAUAUUAUCAAAGUCAAUUAAAUAAUUUGUAA